CGCCCCCGCGGGCGGCAGCGGCAGGGCCAUGGCGGCGCUGAGGGCGCUGAGCGCGGCGGAGGCCGCACUGCUGCUGCUGCUCCUCGGCUGCGGCGCACACGGGCUUUACUUCCACAUCGGAGAGACAGAGAAGCGCUGCUUCAUCGAGGAGAUCCCCGACGAGACCAUGGUCAUCGGGAACUACCGGACACAGCUGUGGGACAAACAGUCCGAGUCGUUCCUGCCCUCCACUCCCGGGCUGGGCAUGCACGUGGAGGUCAAGGACCCCGACGGAAAGGUGGUGCUGUCCCGCCAGUACGGCUCCGAGGGUCGCUUCACCUUCACAUCCCACACGCCGGGGGAGCACCAGAUCUGCCUGCACUCCAACUCCACCCGCAUGGCCCUGUUCGCUGGGGGCAAACUGCGGGUACACCUGGACAUCCAGGUGGGUGAACACACCAACAACUACCCCGAGAUCGCGGCCAAGGACAAGCUGACGGAGCUGCAGCUCCGGGCACGGCAGCUCCUGGACCAGGUGGAGCAGAUCCAGAAGGAGCAGAACUACCAGAGGUACCGGGAGGAGCGGUUCCGCAUGACGAGCGAGAGCACCAACCAGAGGGUGCUCUGGUGGUCCAUCGCCCAGACCAUCAUCCUCAUCCUCACCGGCAUCUGGCAGAUGAGGCACCUCAAGAGCUUC